AUGUCACAUUUUUUACUUGAAGAAGAUUUUACAAAAAAACAAAGAUUUACCUCAGUUCAUAAAAGAAUAUUUUAUUUAUUAAUAUCAUUGGCAAUUAUAGCAACAGUAGUAUUAUUAAUUGCAUUUUUAUUACCAAGAGGAUGGGAACCACCAAUUAAAAAAACAAAUAUUAUUAUGAUGGUUGGUGAUGGUAUGGGACCAGCAUCAUUGACAAUGGCAAGAAUUUCAUUUAGCAAAGAUUUCACAGAAGAAAAAUCAUUAUUUUUAGAUCCAUAUUUAGUUGGUACUGUUAGAACAUAUUCACAUUCAAACGAUGUUACAGAUAGUGCUGCUGCUGCUACUGCCUAUGCAAGUGGUAUUAAAACUACAAAUGAUGUUGUUGGUGUUGAUCAUUUAAAUAAGCCUGCUGGUACACUUUUUGAGGCUGCAAAAUUAAAGCAAAUGAAAACUGGUGUCGUUGUUACAACUCGUAUUUCUGAUGCAACACCAGCUUGCUAUUUCUCUCAUUCUGUUAACCGUAAUUAUGAAUAUUUCAUCAUCAACCAAUUGUUGGAGAAGGACUUGGACGUUGUUUUAGGUGGUGGAAAAAUGUAUUUUGGUGACAACUUUGAUAAGAUUCAAUCAUACAACUACACUUUUGUCAAUACAACAGAACAAAUGAACAAUGUCGCAAGUGGCAAAAUUAUGGGUCUAUUUGCAGAUUACAACAUCCCAUGGGAAAUCGAUCGUUUAAAUGAUCCAAUCUUAAAGAAAAACGUUCCAUCAUUAUCAGAAAUGACUAAAAAAGCACUUGAUCUUAUCAACCAAAACAACGAGCACGGUUUUAUUUUAAUGGUUGAGGGUUCCAAAAUUGAUGUUGCUGCUCAUAUAAAUGAUGCUCCAACCCAAAUAUACGAAACCAGAGAGUUUGAUAAUACAUUCGAACUCGUUAGAGAAUGGGCAGAGAAGGAUGGCAAUACCAUUGUUAUCGUUACAGCAGAUCAUGAAACUGGUGGUCUUACAUUAGCAUAUCAAGAAGAAAUUGAUGGUCAUCCAAUGUACAGUUGGUCUCCAGAAACAUUACUUCAAGUUACCAAAUCAGCCGAUGAAAUGGCAAGAAUAAUCACCACCAAUGCAACCAAAGAUGUUAAUGUUACCCAAGUUAUCCAUCAAUAUACAGGUAUCACCAUCAAACCAGAAGAAGAAGAAAAGAUAUUAAGUUUCCUUCAAUAUAGAGAUACAGAUAGUAAUAGAUUUAGAGCUAUUAAUCAACAAAUUGGUCGUAUUGUUUCAAACUAUGCUCAUGUUGGUUUCACUACCGGUGGUCACUCUGGUGUUGAUGUCAACCUUUAUACCUAUGGCGAUAAAAUUUCACCAGAGAAAUUUGAAGAACGUGAAAAGAAGGAUGAAUUAUAUACCACCGAUAAUUAUAAAGAUACAAUGUUAAUGGGUAAUGUCAACAAUAUUGAAAUCGCAUCAUUCAUCUCUCAAGCUUUAGGUCUAGAUUUACCAAAUAUUACCAAAUCUUUAAUUAAUUUUGAUCCAAAUGGAAAAGCAUACGAAGAUGAAAUGAUUCAUAAAUAUUCCAAAUAA